CUUCGUAGUGUGAGGAGGUAUGCGUCUCCUCUCCUGACUGAAAACCCCUCGAAAUCCUCCCUAAAUCCUUGAAAAUCGGGGGAUACAUAAUCAGAUAAUAUGUAUUAGUGUUUUAUAAAGAAUCUAAGAUGGAUAUCCUCCCAAGUGCUGCGUUAAUAAGUGAAUUAGACGUUGAAAAGUGAUAGUUUCCUAGGUGAGGUACGGAUACCCUACCCAUAUUAGGUAAAGUCUUGAAGAAAUCGCCGUCGUCAGUGUUGCCAAUAACGGAUGACUGCGUGAGUGACCUCGUCUUGAAGGUGUGAGCAGCAGCAGGAGACGUAGUAGCAGUCGCAGUAGUAGUAGGGGUGGUGUCAGGUGGUUAGUAUCAGUGAGUGAGGGCGUGUAUAAGGUUGUGGGGUGGUAUAGAUAAGUGUGAUGGUGGGGCGUGUGGGCGUGGAGGGAGGGCGUGUGUGAGCUCCGGCCCAUAACCAUGCCCUUAAUACGGCCCUCUAACGGAGCACCAGAGUCCCGUAACCCCAUUAAAGUCGUCCGUACCGAAUCCAUCAAAUCAGAACGUUCCGAUAAAAGAGUCUCGUUUAAUAAAGAUGUGGGAGUGAAACAUAUCCCCCGUGGAACUAAAACAAAGGCUAAUGUGUUGGUAGUUCGCCCUCCUGCCUCGACCAACCGCGACGAGUGGGCUAAUUGUUCCGAGGUGUAUCGUGAACCCGUGUCUCUCAAUUCACAUCAGCUAGAACAACAAGCGGAGGAUCUGGUGAGGCUCCUAGAUCACGUGAAUUGCGACGCCCAGCCUCCCAAUACGCGUUCCUUGGAUAGACCUCCUAAGAAAAACACCAAGAAUCUGUCCCAUCAUACCUAUAAUAACGUUCUAUUUAAUAACGUCAGGAAUAACAAGAAUACCAACGUGACUAAGGGGGAUUCUCGAGGUCGACCCAGGACGUUAUCAACCUCAAGGACGACUAAUCCUAUCACUCGAAGGAUAAACAAAGGAUCACAGCCGAAUUUACCCAACGGUGGCCCACUGUCUCAUCGGCACAGAUCAGCUGACCAUUUACCCGAUACAGAUCUCGACUCGCCUCCCAUACCCCGUCGAGCUCACCAUCCCACAACCCACAAGUCCACCCCAGAUCUUAACACCCUCUACAACAACAACCGCGAGACGUCUAACUACAAGUACCAACAAGUAGACGAAAGCCACCACCCACAACCAGUCCACGGCUACAAGUCAAUUGAUAAUUUAUAUAAUGGUCAACGACAGAAUAACCUAACUCUCCCUCCUCCUCACAGCAAUACUUACAAAUCGGUGGAUAAUCUGACAGUAACGGAUCCACUGCCCCCUACCCGUCUGCAAGGCUUCAAGUCCGUGGGUCAUCUGCCUUCUACAGCCUUAUCUGACACGGACGAUACAGAUAUGGCGCGACAUGAGCCUUAUAAACCCAAAGUCGGGAACAUCAUCAAGAGAUUCAACCAAGAUGCGGAAGGAACACAUCGGCAAACAUCUAUGGUUGAUAUGGCCACCGAAAUGGACAUUGGGCAACGAGGAACGCUAGAACCAGAUCGUUAUCGUAACCAUAAUAACAAUCAGCCAUUUAGUUACACCGGGACAGCGCCUUUGUCUUCUGUGCAGGUGGUAAGGCGGCUCUCUCCUCCGCGGGAACUAAGUCGAACUAGUCCCCCGCGUGAUUCCCCUCCUCGUGACCCUCCUGUUUAUGCUCAGGUGAACAAACGCGAUGGAAGGGGACACACGAACGGCCGGAGAGACAUAGAGAGGAACUACCACAACGCACGACAGGAGAGGGAAUACUCUGCUAAGAUUAUUAUCACCGAUGACGACCACCGGCCUCCUUAUGACGACCACUACCGCGAUAUGACUCCUAAGAAUCUUUAUCAGGAGGAUGACGAUGCCUAUGAGAGUUACCAGGUCCCAGAUGAUAACCUUCGGCGCCUCCUACAGGAUGAUUUAGAAGCCUAUAAGGAACAUUCUAAUAAUAACAUCAACAUGUCUUCUGUCGGGGUUCAGACUGAGGCCUUACCCAAAGUUCCAACUCGUUCACGUAACAAACCCCACAAGAGCCCAGCGCCUUCCCCUACACGACAGAUGACCCACCAACAGAAACAAGAGCACAGACAACAGCAACAGACCUUCCGCCAACACGAGCAGAAGCAUCAAUCCAACUAUCGCCAGACGAAGCAGGAAUACUAUCAGAAGGACCCCAGACCUCAAGGGAACAUGAACAACAACCUCACAUCUGCGUCGUUAGUUCGUCAGAUCAACCACGGCUUCGGCAGGACGGAUCGAUCACCAUCCCCCCCACCUAGAGUCGCCGCCACACGUCAAAUACGUCGUAACGUCGUUCCUCUCCUCUCCGAUACGUCUGACUCGGAAGCCGAAUGCCGACGACGCACAGUAGACCCCCUGGCUAGAAUCAGAGACCAGGUAAUGCAGAGAGAAAAAUUACAAGAAGAGGAAGAAGAACAAGAAGAAGCGAGAAUAAGAAGACCCAUACCCCAGGAAAGUGGAGUCAUGCCCUACAGAACAGAAGAAAUGACUCCACUUACUAUAGAUGAAGUGGAUGCCCUCAGUCUAGUGAUGGAGGAGACAGGAAGGAAAUCACUCGUGGUCUCUAAUCAGGCUCAAUCCAAUACCGUCACUAGGAUCUCGAAUCAUCGUUCCCGUAGGUCUGAGACGGUGACGGAACGAAUCCACGGUAAGGAUAGCCUCCCCAAGCCCCUGAAACCUGCCAGGGAGAAGAACCAUGUAUCUAGAGAAGCCACGCCCACACGGAAGGGUAGAGACACCCCCACACGUAAAGACCCGCCCACACGUAGUGACCCGCCCACACGUAGUGACCCGCCCUCACGUAAUGAAACGCCCACACGUAAUGAAACGCCCACACGUAAUGACCCGCCCUCACGUAAUGACCCGCCCUCACGUAAUGACCCGCCCUCACGUAAUAACCCGCCCACACGUAAUGAAACGCCCACACGUAAUGAAACGCCCACACGUACUGACCCGCCCACACGUAAUGACCCGCCCACAUUAGAGAAGAAGAAGAAGAAUAACAUAGAGAAGGAGAAAGUAAUAAAAGCCGCUAAACAAAAGGAGGAGAAGGAAAAGAAGAAGAAGAAGAGAAUUAAAAUCAAAUUCUUCUAUGACCCGAGACCCCAAGAUGUGCCAGACACCGACCCAUUGGCUAAUUUUACCGAUAGAGGGACCGGACGAGAGGGACCGAGACAACUGCUGAAGAGAGACCGGAGAAACCGCCGUGAAGAGAGGGCCUCACCGCGAGACAACCGCCGUGAAGAGAGGGCCUCACCGCGAGACAACCGCCGUGAAGAGAGGGCUUCACCGCGAGACAACCGCCGUGAAGAGAGGGCCUCACCGCGAGACAACAGCCGUGAAGAUUCUCAGGAACGACGGAAAGACGAAGAGGAAUACCGGGACGACUACCACAAUGACCGCAACGACCGCACAAGCAUCGAGAGGGACGACCACCACCACCACCACCACCACACAAAACGACGUAGCGAGGAACGCGAGAUAAGAAACGACUACCAGAUGCGUCGAGAACUACCUGAUGUUCUCGACGACACGACCCUGAGGAAAGAACGCCGCGUGGCCUCUCGAGAACGACUAGAUACGACCCCACGACCUAACAAACGCGGCCAGAAAGAUCCCCGUGAGGCUAGAACGACCCGUGAGCGCUCCUACGACUCUUACGACAACAAACGACGUAAUUCUAAAGACUCCCGGGAUUCUCGUAGUCGUUCCAGGGACGACCGGGUCUCCUACAACGACUCGGCUGAGGAACGACACCACAGCUACGACCACGACGAUGAGGACGACGAGAGAGGCUCACCAGAUGGUCGUGCGGGUCGUAGCCUGAGUGACAAGUACCGCACGGCCCCUGUGUACGACCCCCCUGAUGAAGACGACCAACCAGAGAACGACCACCACCAGCCGCCACCACCACCAGUUGAACAACCACCACCACCUGAGGGAGACGAGAAAAAACAUAAAACAAUGCGACAAAGAAACAAAUUCUUCUCAGCGUUGAUGAGUGAUGGACGUAACAAACAAACAACAACAACAACAACAACAAGCAAGAACAAGUCCACAGCAACGAAGAGCAAGUCCAACGAGGCGAUUAAGUCCAACGAGGCGAUUAAGUCCAACGAGGCGAUUAAGUCCAACGAGGUGAUAAAGUCCAAAAAAGGCCAAACUACUUCCCAAAUCCCGCCACAGCCACCACAGCCAACUCAACCCGAAAAGGCCAAACUACAGGCGGCGCCGAAGAAGAAGACAACGAAGAAGAAGCGGGCGUGGCCGUGGGCGUUGUUGGGUAUGCGGGGUGGUGGGCGGGGGGCGGCUAAGGUCCCCCAGGGUGGCGCCCCGGGGUCGUCCUCCCGCGUGGCGUCCUCUCGGGUGUCCUCCAGGGCCUCUUCCCGCGCCUCCUCCCGUAGUUCUCACCGCCCGCGACGACCCAGCGUUCGGGCCUCCAAGAUCCGGCGUGAUGGUCAACAGGCAGCGUGGCUCAACACUCGAGAGGGAGAUGAUGGCUCACCCCCCCGACAGUGGGAGACGUCCACACUCAACCGGGCAGAACUCCGGGCCCGUAAGGACGCCCCACACACCGAGAGUCGCGGGUACUCCACCGUCCAGCGCCCCUCGGCCCGUAAGUACUCGGCAGAGUCGACGGCGUCUUCAGGAGCGCCGCCCCCCCAGGUGACCCGCACCACCAGCUUCAAGCACCGCUACUUCGGGGACACGGACGUCGAGAGUAACCACGGCGGGGUGAGUGCGGUCGGCGAUUACCGCAGUCUGCCCAACCGUGCCUCCAGGUCCGCCCACAAGGGUGCAGGGCGGGGCCGUAGGACUACCAGCGGCCCCCGGGGCACGUCUCCCCCGGUGGCAGGAUCAGCGGGCAGUUCUCUACAGAGCAGUGAGAGUGAGGUGGACAGUCACGGCGGGUCACACGCCUCCAAGGCCUCCCACGUGUCCACGGGCUCCAACAGGUCCGUGUACCUCCACGCUACCGCCGUGGCUGACAUCCCCGUCCGCCGCGGGCCAGAGGAGGCGCCCAGCGAGCGCAGCGUCAGCCGUCAGACCAAGAAGGUGUCCCGCUCCUUCUCCCUGCUGGCGCCCUGGAAGCCUCGUCACUACAGGGAGAAGUUUGAGGUGGAGUAUGACAACAAGGAGGCGAGGGGAGCGCUGCCCCCCAGACCGCCGCGACGACCUCCUGCUGACCCCAACGACAAGAAGGUCAACCGUUCCCAGAGUGUGUACAAGGACUCCCGCCUCGCCACCUGGCUCAGACGACGACGGAACAAGGAGGCCAAGGGCAUCUGAGUCACCACAGCCGGACCACAGCCGGACCGCGUCUUAAGGUCUUACUUUGACUGGUGGUAACAAACAGCCGGCUGUCAGUGUUAGUACCCAGACCAGUGUUGUCAAGACCAGUGUUGUCAAGACCAGUGUUGUCAAGACCAGUGUUGUCAAGACCAGUGUUGUCAAGAGCAAUGUUGUCAAGACCAGUGUUGUCAAGACCAGUGUUGUCAAGAGCAGUGUUGUCAAGACCAGUGUUGUCAAGACCAGUGUUGUCAAGACCAGUGUUGUCAAGAGCAAUGUUGUCAAGACCAGUGUUGUCAAGACCAGUGUUGUAUCGUAUCAAAGUCGGGCGAUCAGAGCUAUAGUCGUACUCAAGCUUAUGGAGGUAGAAAGCUUAAUAUAAGAUAAUCUGGGAGGGUUAUAAGCUGUGAGUUGGACCCCAGGGUAACCCCAGUCAACCUUCAUAUACAUAUAGAGAAGCACACGACCCUUAACCCCUCCCCACCCCUCCCCGCCCCACCCCACCCUAAACAGUCUCUCUCUAUAUACAGUAAUUAACCUAAAUCACCUAUUAAUUAAGACGUGUAAUCAAUACCGCUUCUUUAAUUAACACAAUCAGCCGCUGUCUGUCUGUAUAUAUGUCUAUAACCUAAACCUAACCUAAACCUAACCUAAACCUAACCUAAACCUAACCUAGUCCUGUCUUGUAAUAGUCUUAAUUACAUCUCAGGACCAAUUAAGGUAUGAAUUGGUGUGACGUCAUCAGUAUUUCUAUAAAAACAAAAAAGUCAUCAUGUAGAAAGAUAAUAAUAAAUUUGAUCCUUAUUCACCCUCGUCAUAAGACUCAGAAUUACUGGUUUGGUCAUAUCUUUUGAGAGAGGUCAAAUGAUGGAACAGAUUUGUGCAUUAAGUUCUCUUAUGUGGGGUUAGGUUAGGUUCAGGGAGGGACUGGAGGGAUAGGAAGGGAGGGACGGAGGG